AUGGAGUCUGGCGUCCUCAUGGAUUUUGUUCGACCUUUAAUCUCACACAGCCAAUCAACAAACCAACUAGAGUUACAGAUAAUAGCGAAUCCUUGAUUGACGUUGUAAUGACCACAAACGAAAACCUAGUAGCUUUUAGUGAUGUCCUGAUGUCAACUAUUAGCGAUCACAACCUCGUAAAUAUAACACUGAAGCCAAAAAAGCCAAGAAUCAAGCACUCUUACGUAACCAUCAGAAGCUACAGAAAUUACAAAGUCGACAACUUUCUACAUGACCUCUCCCUCACGCCUUUUCAUAUAAUUAGUCUAUUUGACGAA